AUGAGACUCGUAAAUGUCGCGACCGGAAAGUUCGAGGAGCUAGCUGGCAGCCCGGAAUACGCUAUUCUCUCACACACAUGGGGCGAUAACGAACUCGCCUUUGAGGAUAUAGCCUGCGAUCAUGUUCAGACCCAGAAUAGUUACUCCAAGAUUCGAGGAACCAUUAAACAGGCGAGGCGCCGCAACAUUCACUACGUCUGGAUUGACACGUGCUGUAUCGACAAGAGAAGCAGUGCCGAGCUCUCCGAAGCCAUCAACUCCAACUCCAUGUUCCAGUGGUACAAGAACGCAGCAGUAUGCUUCGCCUACCUCGAGGAUCUCGGUUCAAAUACCGACCUGGGGGUCGGAGUGGAGAGAUGCCGCUGGUUCACAAGGGGCUGGACUCUUCAGGAACUUACCGCCCCCAAGGAAGUCCAAUUCCUCGACCAGAACUGGAACGAUAAGGGAACUAACGACAGCCUACAAGAUACCGUCUCGCGGAUCACCGGCAUAUGGAAGGACAUCCUUCUAGGGACCGCUACGCUAGGCAGCAUAUCGGCAGCAGAGAAGAUGUCCUGGGCCGCGUGUAGGAGAACAAGGCGCCAAGAGGACGUUAAUAUGGUCUGGAUCUACGGCGAGGGUCCAAAGGCUUUUACACGACUUCAAGAGGAGAUUAUCAAGCAUACAAACGAUCUCAGCAUCUUUGCCUGGGACUCGAGCGUAGGGACAAGCAUCGAACCGUGCUGCGGCGUGCUGGCAGAGUCUCCCGAGGUUAGGCAGAGUUACUUUGUUCGCCUUUCUCACAUGCCGUUGAUUCGCCACCUAGAUUGCAACAACAUUGAUUAG